AUGAAUGCUCCGUUGUUUUCGCUACCCCUCACUCCUCGGUCCCUCCGUCCCUCCCUCAUAGUUCCCUCGACCCUCUACUUCAUGCAUUCCUCCCCUCUAUCAUCCCUUCCUCCCCUCUCUCACCCAUUCCUCUCCUCUCUCAUCAUGUCCCCCAUUAUCCUCCUCUCUCCUCCCGUCCCCCUCUCUCCCUAUGUUUUCCGCUCCCCCCCCCCCGUCCUCCUCUCUCCUCCAUGUCCUCCUUUCUCCCUACUCUUCUCCCUCAUGUCCCCCCUCCUUUCCCUUAUUUCCCCUCUCCAACCCCUCGUUCCAUUCCCUCCUUCCCCCCGUUUCCCCCUUUUCUUCCCCGUUGCUCUCGAUUUCUCCCCUUGCGUGCCUUCAUUUCACCCACUCCUACACCUCUUUCCCUUCUUGCUUCCCCACCUUUUCUCUCCUAUUGCUUCGCACAUGCCUUCGCGCCUCUUCCCCGCCGGGUUUAGCGCCCCAUGCCCCCUCCCCUUUCUCCCUCGCCGCGCCCUCCUCCCCCGGCCUCAGACGCCCUGGCAGCACCGACAGGCCUGCAACCCCAAGCGGGGCAAUGGGGGCGAAUAG